AUGGGUAAUAAGAGAGUGGUGAAAUGGGCUGCGAAUGCAACAAAUGGUACAAUUUUAAUUGAUGGUAGUAGCAAUGGUGCUGCUAAUGGUCAACUUAAAAAUCCAUAUGGCAUUUUAUUAAUCAAUGGUUCUUCGAAUCAAAUAUAUUUGAGUGAUCAGAACAAAGAUUAUGUUGGAAUUUGGACAUUCGGAGCAGGUAUCGCCAACACAACAUGGUUUACUGCUAAUGGUACCGAUCUCAACCAACCGACACAGAUUACAAUGGAUCGGUAUGGCAAUUUAUACGUUGCUGAUAUGAAUAAUCAGCGCGUGGUAGUAUUUUGUCCCAAUUCAACAACAGGCAACGUCGUUGUUGGAACCGGCACCAAUACUACGCCUACACUUCAACAUGUAGGUGGGAUUGCAUUCGAUUCAAAUCUCAAUUUAUAUGUUUCUGACAUCAAUGAAAACAAAGUAUUCAAAUAUGCACGACUAUGA